AUCGCGACCUUGUCUUUACCCUCACGUGCCUUGCCUGCCCUUAUUCACGAUCACGAAUAUGCUUUCUGAUAUGUAGCGUGUGAAAUUCUGAUCUCAGCUCCUAAGGCUCUUAGAACCACCCAAUUGCGGCAUCAGGGCUCAUCUGUGCUUGGCCAACGUGGUUUGCUUGUCCAGCGAUUCACAGCGACAUACGCAUCAGAUGGGUAUCAAGGGGAUAUACCGCGAACUUGGCCCCGGUCAGAGGAUCUCACUCGCCAAGCUCGCUACCGAGAGCCUGGAGAACACAGGGAGGCCUCUCCGCGUCGCCAUAGACAUUGCUAUAUGGCAAUUUCAAACGCAGGCUGCUAAGGGGGGCACAAAUCCCGCUAUUAGAACACUCUUUUACCGGCUGGUCCGACUUGUUGGGCUUCCUGUGCAACCAGUGUUCGUAUUUGAUGGUCCCAAUAAGCCUAUUUUCAAGAGAAAUAAGCGCUCUGGACGUGGAGAUGGCAUUGCUUCAGCCAUGGCCAAACGUCUUAUUCGCCUCUUUGGCUUCCCCAUUCACCAAGCCCCUGGCGAGGCCGAAGCAGAAUGUGCCCUCCUGCAACAAGAAGGCUUGGUUGACGCUGUUCUCAGCGAAGACGUCGACACUAUCAUGUUCGGCUGCAGCCGAACAUUUCGCAACUGGUCAGCCGAGGGAUCACGGGGAGGAAAAUCGCCAACACAUGUCACUGUUUAUGACACCAACGAGCAGAGCCUGAUUGCCUCUGGACUUGAUCGUCAUGGCAUGGUUCUGGUUGCACUAAUGAGUGGUGGCGACUACCUCCCUGAAGGUGUGCCCGGCUGCGGGUUGAAGCUGGCUUGCGAAGUGGCUCGAGCUGGUUUCGGCAAAAGCUUGUGCAGCCUUAAAGCAGCAGACAAGGCCGGCAUGGAUGAUUGGAGAGCAAAUCUCACCCACGAAUUACGCACCAACGAAAACAAGUUCUUCCGCACGAAGCAUAAAGCCAUUGUCAUACCAGACAACUUCCCCGAUGUCAAAGUCUUGCGAUUUUACACCCACCCAGCAGUCUCGUCGAAGGCAGCUGUGGAGAACCUGUUCGGGUCAGUCGAGUGGUCCAGACCUGUCGACAUUGGCGGACUCAGACGAUUCACCGAUGAGGUUUUUGACUGGACAAAUCGGCCGGGCGCUGUCAAACUGAUAAAAGUGUUGUCCCCAAAUUUGCUUGCUCAGAAACUCUUUGCACGUUACGAUCACACCACGCAGUCGCUCGAAAGCCACAGUCUGGAAUCUUUAGCACGACAAGAAACGGUGCUUGUUCAGCGUAUAUCAGCCAGGAGGAGCCAUUUCAGCACGGACGGCAUCCCGGAGCUCCGAGUCUCCCACGUGCCAGCUGACAUCGUGCCAUUGGAUCUCUCACAAGAGUCAGACGAGGUGGCAGAGACGGGAAGGCAGGGCCUCGCACUCAACAGUGAUGACGAGUUCGAGGUGGUAGUGCCAAGCAACAACGAUGUCGAGGCUAGGAAAACCUUCGACCCGACUGCCGCACAAGCAGUCUGGCUUCCCGAGAGUCUCGUCAAGUUAGGCGUGCCACUCUGCGUUGAGGAUUGGGAGGAGAGGCAGCGAGCCAAGAAAAAUGUGACGACCGCAUCCAACCUGGCGAAGCAAAGGAGGAAGAAGACAGCCGGAAACGACACCAACAAAGCCCCAAAUACACUCGACCAGUGGGUGAAGUCUACCAAAUCCAAGCCUCGAGAGCGUUCUGAAAAGAGCGCUGCCGUACUGCCGGUUUCACAGAGCAUCAGUCACUUCAAACUACCUCAACCACUGCCCUCCAAUAUUACAAAUUUCCGGGGCCUUCUACCUCGGGAACCAGCUACCCCAAAACCACACACGUCGCCGAACCGCCCGCUGGCGUCACUGCCUCGAAGUAAGCCACUCACAUCCAAGACUGCCGGGAAAGCGACCACCAAAGGAAGCACGCAGCUAUCAAAUCCAUGGGCGUUCAGUGGCUCACAGCAUACGCCUAGGACAACCAAGCCUGACGGGCACACAGAGUCGUUUCUUAUCGAAAAUAGCCCCGAAGCUUCGAAAGAUAGGCCAGCUAGUCUGGACGUAAAAUGGAAAGAUGCCUUGAAUGCAGGGAUGAAUAAUGGACCGCAGCGCGAUGGACGGCACUCCCAGUCUUCUGGGGACGAAGGUUUAGGAACUGCGCGGCACAAUGGGGUUUUGGCGAGAGAUAACAGGCUCAGCACACGGGAGACAGACGCUUCUCGGAGCGAGCCCAAAAAGAUGCGACCGUUAAUCACGUCAAAGUGCACAAAUGAGGCAUCUCAGAGCUCAGCACAGCCGGAAGCAGCCUCAUCAGGCAGUGUAGUCAGUCGCGAUGCUACCUCUCCGUCGCGCCACAAACAUGCCGGUCGAAGUCAUAUCAUCAAGCGACCAGCCAGGCCCCACGGUUCGGAGGUGAGGAAAACUCUAGAGGCUAUAUCGUCUGCAACAAGAUCCGCAAGCAAGGUAAAAUUUAUCGCACCACGGAUCAGUGCUUGCGGAUUCUUUAAAGAGGUCGACUUGGACGAUGAUGAGGCUGCGCAACUCAUGGUCCACGACGCCGAACAAAGGGUCGGACACCAGCGGGCAGCGAGCACCCAGCAGAUGAUAUGGAAUCAGAGCCAUGUAGCGGUUAUCGACUUGACCGCGGAGGAUUGAGGCAGGAUAAACAAUAGAAUCGCGAAGCACAGCUGCUUGAUCUGUCUUGGUUUCAAUUCGCAAACGGCAACAGGGUAUCCUUAGCAAUAAAGAA